CUCGGCGCGCGAGGAGUAGGCGCUGACGACGGAGUCAGCCAGCCGGGGUACGAGCCUGAUGAACUUGAUCAAAUCUUGAACUUGGCUCAGUUCUGAUCAGAACGUUGCCUCGGCGGUUGUCAUUCCGACCGGUUGAUACGCGCGCGGUGUACUGACUUCCGGAUAUUGAGAAUUUUCAAAGUAGUUCGAUGGCUUUUAUUCGGUGCUGGUGGGUGCUAUUUUUGGCAGGUGCUCUAUUCGGCGGUUCUGCCUUAGGAUAUCCUGACGAAGAUGACUUCUUCAAAAAGGAAAACGAAAUCCAAUCGUUGCCGGACGACACUUGGUUUCAAAUUGAAGAUGUGGAUGGAGAUAUGACAGUUCCAGAGUUGAUCGAAAAGUAUGGUUACAAGGUGGAAGUCCAUUCGGCUACUACAGAAGACGGUUACAUGCUUACUUUGUUUCGGAUAAUGCCACGGCAACCAUCCCAAACCCAAAAGCUCCCCGUUUUCGUGAUGCACGGUCUACUUGGUAGUUCAGCAGAUUUCGUCAUUAGUGGUCCGAACAAUAGCCUCGCCUACUAUCUUGCGGACGAUGGCUACGAAGUGUGGUUGGGAAACGCCCGAGGAACGCGGUAUUCUAGGCGUCACCAGGACCUGCCGCUCCAUUCAGAGGAAUUCUGGGACUUCAGCUGGCAUGAAAUCGGUUACUACGAUCUCCCUGGUAUGAUCGAUUACGUGCUGAAUGUAACCGGAUUGAACAAACUCCAGUACAUCGGACAUUCGCAAGGUACCACCACGUACUUUGUGAUGUCCAGUGCACGUCCUGAGUACAACCAAAAGAUUGCCCUCAUGACGGCCCUCUCGCCAGCAGUUGUGCUCAAACGAAUACGGAGUCCCAUACUUCGGGUCCUUAUCGAUCUCUCGGACACUAUUAAGGAAGUUUUGGAUUCUCUAAGGGUGUUCGAGUUUUUGCCGUACAAUGACGAGAACCACAAAGUGAUGGAAUCCCUUUGUCCGAAAAACGCAAGGGAAACUGUCUGUGAAGAACUGCUGGGGCAGUUGACCGGUCCUCAUCCGGAGUCCUACUCGCCGAAACUCGCAACGGCCUACAUGGGUCACGCCCCCGCAGGUGCUUCCACCAGACAGUUGAUGCACUUCGUCCAGGUGGCCCGAUCGGGCCACUUCCGGCAGUACGACCACGGCCGGAAGGGAAAUCUCCACAUCUACAGCAACGGCAAACCCCCGGCCUACAAUCUCACAGCUUCGUCCGCACCGGUCCUGAUCUUCUACGGCCGCAACGACUGGAUGGUACACCCGAAGGACGUCCAAGAGUUCUACAAGAUGCUACCCCGCGUAGUUGCCGCCAACCUGGUGACGGACCGGAAGUUCAACCAUCUCGAUUUCAUACUGGCGAAAAACGCCCGCUCCGAUGUGUACGAUAAGAUGCGUCCGGUACUCGAACAGUACAACACAAUAAACAGCCCCCCAGUAGUGUAGUAAACAAGGUAACCGUGGGAAGCGACGACAGUUUUGUGGAAA